CUCGGUGGUAUGAGGUGACAACAGCUGAUUGGCUGUGAUGUAACGACAGCAAUGUUGUCACUUGCGUUACUUGGUGGGUAUAAAAGGCGAAGCGAGAGCUAGUAAUUCAUUCCAACUUACUUGCUUUACUUUCAUCUCUUCAUCUUAUUCUACAACUCUUCAAAAUGGCCGGUGGACGAAAAUCAAAGAAGGAAGGAGGCAAGAAAGCCCAAAAAUCAACAUCCAAUGCUUUCUCUAUGUUUGAUCAAAACAAAAUUCAGGAAUUCAAGGAGGCUUUCUCUAUCAUGGACCAGAACCGAGAUGGUUUUAUCAACAAAAUCGACUUGAAAGAUACAUACGCAGCUUUGGGAAUCCGUGACGUCAGCAUGGACAAACUUGAAGCAAUGGUCCUGGAAGCUCCGUCUGCAAUCAACUUUACCGUCUUCCUCAACAUGAUGGCUGAUAAAUUACAUGGAACCGACUCCGAAGAUGUCAUCGUUCAAGCUUUCAAACUUCUUGAUCCUGAACAGAAAGGAGUGAUCCACAAAGACUACUUGUCACAACUUCUCAUGACUCAAGUUGACAAAUUCAGCAAAGAAGAGGUCGAGCAAAUGUUUGAAAUCGCACCGAUAGAUGUCGCUGGUAAUCUGGACUACAAAGCACUGUGUUACGUCAUCACCCACGGACAAGAAGAAGAAUAAACGACAUUUCACUUUUUAUUCAGUUUUGAAAAUUGUUGGUACAUGACACAUUGAAAAUAAAAUUUAUGCGAUGUAUUUCAGGACUGUUCAGCAUUUACAAAUAAACAUUUGCUAGGCUGUACUGAGUAAUCGAAAUUCUAUUUAUUUGUGAUGUUAUUUUAAAUGAUGUAAUUUUUCAAUCGCUGUGUACCAAUAAUAAAACAAUGAAUCAUCAUA